CGUUCAUUUCCAAGAAUCCCCUGACCAAAGACUGACAAACAACAUUAUUCAGACAACUCCCUCAUCUCGUCUCAAAUCCUGAAGACAUGAAAUCGUUCGUUGAAGAUAUUAAGAAGGAUGUCCGAUGUCCGCUAUGUAAUGAUACUUUCACUGAACCAAAGAUCUUGUCUUGUUUCCACACAUUUUGUAAGCCUUGCGUCAAACGACACGCCGAGCAAGUCGACCAAAUCAACAUCUUCAAGUGUCCUCGAUGCAAAUCACAGACUUCUCUACCAGAACUGAGCAGCAUCGAAGAUCUACAGCCAAGUCUAAUACAUUCAAGAAUCGCGAAGGAUCUGGCKUUAGUAGAAGGAGAAAAGGYUUGUUCGGUUUCUGAGAGUCAUUCGUCAGCUUCUUGGUAUUGUUUUGACUGUGAUCGCUCGAUGUGUGAUGAAUGCGAGAAGAACCAUUCAGUAUUUAUCAAAGAUCACAAGAUCGUUGGUCUGGCUGAUUUGAAGAAAGAAGAUAUUSAGUUCMUAAUAACAAGGGAAARUCCUUGUACAAGUCACCCUCAUCACAGGCUAGAGUUUUUCUGCGAAGAUUGUGAUGCAAUGAUUUGCAGGACAUGCUUGAUAGAUCACAAGGAUCAUAAGACAAUGUCAUUAGAUAAGUUUGUUUCGAUCAAGAAAGCUGAAUUGUCAAAGCAUCUGCAGGUAUUAGAGCAGUUGAGAUUAGAUGACAAGGAAAAGCAACAACAAGUAAAGAUUGCUAACACUAUCAAACAACAGGGAGAAAAAGCAAAAAAAGAAGUCAAAGACAAAACCAAGAAAAUCAUCCAAAUACUACAAGACAACGAACGAGAAUUGCUGAGACAAAUCGAURAGAACUUGGAAAUAGCCACAACAAACUUGAAUGUAAUGCAUCAUAUUCCAGCCGUCAAGGAAUACAUCAAGAAUGUGAUGGAAAGAGGACUGGCAAGUGAAAUGAUGAACAUUCAAGAGACACAAUGCUCUCAGAAAUUAGGUAUAGCAGUAAACAGAGACAAUAGCAGGAUCGCUGUUUCAAAUGAUUCUUCUGACUGUGUCUAUGUAUUCACCACUGAUGGAGAUCUCUUACUGACGUAUGGUAGACGAGGUAGUGCACAGGGACAGUUGUAUGGUCCUGAAGGUUUAGCAUUUCUGAAUAAUACAGAUUUAGUCAUAGCUGACUAUGGUAAUCAUAGGAUAUGUAUAGUGAACACUACAACAGGGACAUUGGUAAAAACCUUUGGUAACCGAGGUAACCGAGAUGGAGAGUUUUGUAAUCCAUAUGGAGUACACGUUGAUGACGAUGGAAACAUCAUUGUGUGUGAUAGCGAUAAUCAUCGUGUUCAAGUCUUCACAAGAGACGGUGACUAUCAAUAUCAGUUUGGUUUGACAACACAGGACGCGUUUGAUCCAAUUGAUGUGAUAACACAUGAUGGACUGUUUUACGUCGGUGAUUAUAAUAAUCACGUUAUUCAUGUAUUUGAGAAGAAAGGUAACGUACCGACUAGAAUAUCGAUGAUUGGUGGUCAAGGCAGAGCUGAUGGUCAGCUAAAUGGACCAUGGGGCCUGGCUAUUGAUAAUGACCAUCAUCUACUGGUGUGUGAUUAUGGUAAUAACCGCGUACAAAAAUUCAGAUUGGAUGGUCGUUUUGUAGGAAAGACUUGUGACGUAACCAAGAACCCUAGAUAUAUAACUGUUUUAAAGGAUGGUCAGUUGUUAGUUAGUACGAGUGGUUCUGGUGUCUGGUGUGUAAAGUAGAAUUGCCCAUUAUUUUCUGUAACACUUUGAUUGAUUUGACAAAUUGAUAUCGCGUAGUGCUUUGACACGUCCUAAAAUAUGACCAUUUGGGAUUCAAUAUACAUUAUAUAUAUUUUUUUAUUAUAUAUUAAAAGAUAGUACGCGUGCGCUGAUUGGUCGAAAGCUGUGCUAUAUUAGUGAACGGAGCACAGAGCUGACGCCAUACGCGCGCUCGAAAUGCUGCAAGAUCCUGCGACCGUCUUUCUUUUUACGUAAAUAAAUUCAAUACCGAAAUAAAAUUACUAACUAUAUAAUAAAGCGAAUAAAAAAGCUUUUUCCGAGCUCCGAUCAGUAAUAAAGGAGUUAGGACGCGCCAUAAGCACUCAAGAAGUGUGAGAAUUCAAAGCACUUGCAAACGGCUCGUGCUUUUCCUUACCCUUCUUCCGUGCUUACAUCAGUUCCUGCGUGCUAUAUUACUAAACGGAGCACGGAAAACACUAUUCUAUUUGUUAAAUAUCUAUUUUUUACAUUUGGUUUCUUUCAGUCUUCAUUUCAUUUUUGUUCUAUUUUCAUUCGUUCUUCCUAUUAUUAAUUUCUUAUUCAUAUUUUUCUCGUUUUUGUAGUUUUGUAUUGGCCUUGAGAUAAUCGUUCAUAAUAAAGCGUCUCGUAUUAUUUUAGAUCUCAUUCUAUUUGUUGUUUAGAAAAAUCAUAUAAAAAAGAACUUUGUAGUAGUGAAUAGCCGAGCUUCGUGCUAUUUUUAUCUCCACUACGAUAAUCUUUUACGCAUCAUACUAUUAACCUUAAUUUGAAUAAAUACUUUUAUAGUUCAAA